GUGCGGCAUUUUGUGUGCUACUGUGUGCUGCCCAUCGUCGACGAAAAGAAUUGUGAAUAUUGAUUGUAAAAGGCGUCCUGCGCGGUGUAUUAAGUGCGUAAAUAAUAUGGUUUAACGUGUUCGCAGUUUAAGAAGGGAAAAACAAACACUACACUACACUGUACCGAUUUACCGGCAAGCGGAACAUUGCAAUCGGCAUUUUGGCUGCUGUACUGAACGCCGCUUUGACAAACGCACACACAUACAUACACAGAGACGCGCGCGCACGUAGCGUCGUAAAAAACGGUACGAAGACGAUUUGCGGCUCGGCACAAGACCCAGGAAUACACGUACUGCCACAGCACUCGUCCAUCUUGCCAGUUUAACGGAUUUGGCGGGAGUGUGUAAAACCCCGAAACGUCGGACAAUUUCAUUCCUCAUUUCGAUCGUGUGGCAAAUCGAAAAAUAUUGAAAUGGGUGAUCGAGCAGAUGGUGCGGAAGCGUUCGAUGAUGCGGUCGAGGAGCGUGUCAUUAAUGAGGAGUACAAAAUUUGGAAGAAAAAUACUCCGUUCCUGUACGAUUUGGUCAUGACACACGCGCUCGAAUGGCCGUCACUAACCGCCCAGUGGCUGCCGGAUGUGACGAAACCGGAGGGAAAGGAUUACUCGGUACAUCGGCUCAUUCUCGGUACGCACACAUCGGACGAGCAGAACCAUCUGCUGAUUGCGAGUGUACAGCUACCGAACGAGGACGCACAGUUCGACACAGGGCACUACGAUAACGAGAAGGGCGAGUUUGGCGGGUUCGGUUCGGUGUCGGGAAAGAUCGAAAUCGAGAUAAAAAUCAAUCACGAAGGUGAAGUUAAUCGAGCCCGGUACAUGCCACAGAAUCCAUGCGUGAUUGCCACGAAAACACCGUCGAGCGAUGUGCUUGUGUUUGAUUACACGAAGCACCCGAGCAAACCGGAACCGAGCGGUGAAUGUCAUCCGGAUCUGCGGCUGCGUGGCCACCAGAAGGAGGGUUACGGGCUGUCAUGGAACCCGAACCUGAACGGGUAUCUACUCUCGGCCAGUGACGAUCAUACCAUCUGCCUGUGGGACAUUAACGCCACACCGAAGGAACAUCGGUUGAUCGAUGCAAAAAAUAUCUUUACCGGGCAUACGGCCGUGGUGGAGGAUGUCGCUUGGCAUCUGUUGCACGAAUCACUGUUCGGGUCGGUGGCCGAUGAUCAGAAGCUGAUGAUUUGGGAUACUCGCUGUAACAACACCUCGAAACCAUCCCACACGGUUGACGCACAUACAGCCGAGGUGAACUGUCUCAGCUUCAAUCCCUACUCGGAGUUUAUACUGGCGACCGGAUCGGCCGACAAGACGGUUGCUCUGUGGGAUUUGCGUAAUUUGAAGCUGAAGUUACACUCGUUUGAAUCGCAUAGGGAUGAAAUUUUCCAGGUCCAGUGGUCACCGCACAAUGAAACCAUUCUCGCUUCGUCCGGCACGGAUCGCCGGCUCCAUGUGUGGGAUCUCUCCAAGAUCGGCGAAGAGCAGAGUGCGGAAGAUGCGGAAGACGGACCGCCGGAAUUGUUGUUCAUCCACGGUGGCCACACGGCAAAGAUAUCCGACUUCUCGUGGAACCCGAACGAACCGUGGGUUAUCUGUUCCGUGUCGGAAGAUAACAUUAUGCAGGUGUGGCAAAUGGCGGAAAACAUGUACAACGAUGAGGAUCCGGAUGUGCCGGCGAGCGAAAUCGAGGGUGGUGCACCGUAAGAGGAUCGUUGUGUUUUUUAAGUAUUCGCAGCAUUAUUCGAAAUGGAACAGUUCAUCAGUUCCCCAACACAGCUUAUCGUUUUCAAUUUAUGUUAUCCACAUUUCCGUUUUAUUAUUUACUUUAUGCACUGCUUGCACAGUGGAAUGAUAAUAGGGGUCAAUUCUCAAAUCUUAACGUGGACCGUGGACGUGAGGUUUACUGUAUCGUUUUAUGUUUUAAAUAAAUAAGUUCUUUUAAACAGACACACCUUAAUGUAGAAGAUCCUUCCAUUGGUACAACUUUAUCUGGUGUAAGGCAGUAAU